AUGGCUAGAGUAAGAGGUAGAAAGCUAAUAAAAAAGCUCAAGAAAGAUGAGUUCCAUCCAGAAGACAAUAAAACCCAUGAUGAGCCUACGGUUAGCCAUGUUAAUGAAACUGCUGGGGGUGACAAUAGUGAUGUGAGUCCUAAUACUUUCUUUGGUGUCCUAGAUUCUGGCGAAUUGGAUUAUUUUAAGAAGGCUGAAUCCACGUUGGCUAUUGAUACAUUUGAGAAUCCAGAUGAGAAGUACCAGUUUAUCAACAGUGUCAUCGAGGAAAGUAAGGGUAAAGAGUUGAAACUUGCUACGUCUCAGAUUUCUUCUAAGCUAAUGGAACGUAUUAUUAUGGAAAGUGAUGAAACUCAAUUGAAGACUAUCUUCAAAGCUUUCAAUGGGUUUUAUUUCAACCUUGCAUGUCACAAAUAUUCCUCCCAUGUUUUAGAGACUCUAUUAGUCAGAGGUGCAGCACAGGUGGAAAAAGAAUUGUUAACACCUGAUUUUGAUUCUGUUGAUGAGGGUGAAUUCGUUACUACUGAAUCAUUGUUUUUGUUUUUGACUAACGAGUUGCAACCGAACUUAAGGUUCAUGGUGAGCCAUCAAUAUGCAUCACAUGUCCUUAGAAUUUUAAUCUUAGUGCUAUCGUCAAAGACUUUACCAAGUACUGUACAGAACAAUUCAACAUUACGUUCCAAGAAGUCUAAGAUUGCACGUAAGAUGAUUGACAUUAAGGAUAACGAUAACUAUAACAAAAUAUUCAAGACUCCCGAUUCAUUCAAAGUUGUUCUUCGUUCUAUGUUAUCUUCAAUCUACACUAGUUUCACACAUGGUAUUCCACAGGGCUCUGGACACUUUUCUGAGAUUUCUCUCGCUGACGUUAUGAAAUUCAGGGAAAUAUGUGUUGAUAAGAUCGGGUCUCCAGUGAUUCAAUUGGUAAUACAAGUAGAAGGUAUCUUCGAUAGAGACAGGUCAUACUGGCAUCUAAUAUUCAAAGAUUCUGAUGAGAAGGAUCCCAAGGAAGAGUCAUUUGUGGAGUACUUACUAUCAGAUGCUGUUGGAUCUCAUUUCUUGCAGAAUGUUAUUGCAUCAACUAGAAUCAAGUACGUGGAAAGAUUAUACAGAUUAUACAUGAAGGAUAGAAUUCCAAAACUUGCUAAAAGAGAUACAACUGCUGCAUUUGUGUUGCAAUCACUUUUGAAAGUCUUGAACUCUAAGGAAGUCAAAGAGAUUAUGGAUGAACUGGUCCCAGACUUGAGCGUUUUGUUGAACUCUAACAUGGAUUUCGGUACUGAAAUUAUAGAUGCCAGUAUCCGUCAUGAUAAUUAUUUGAGGGACGAAAUCAUUGAACAAUUAAUGAAGAAAUACUAUCCUCGUGAGUCAUCUGAUAAGAACAUCUUAGAAUCUUGUCUUCAGUUAAGUUCCUCUACCCUUGGUAACACUAGAGAUGACUGGCCAACUGCUGAAGAGAGGAGAAAAUCUCUAUUCUUAGAGAAGUUGAUUGAUUACGAUGAUUGCUUCCUAAACAGUACCAUUGACAGUAUGUUGAAUCUUCCAGCAGAAAGACUUUUGCAGAUGCCAUACCAUGGUGUGUUUUCUCACGUUGUUGAACAUGUUCUACAGGUUAAAAGAGUUGCCAUCAUCAAAAGAAAACUCUUACUCAAUGUGUUAUGCAAAGAUAUCGUAAACUUAUCCUGUAACGCAUAUGGUUCCCACAUUGUUGAUAAACUAUGGACAUUUACGGCUAAAUUGGCUAUGUACAAGGAACGUAUAGCAACUGCGUUAUGUGCAGACUCUGAAAAGGUCAAGAACAGUGUUUACGGUAGACAAGUGUGGAAGAAUUGGUCGCUUGAACUAUUUGUAAGAAAGAGAUACGACUGGAAAAAAAUAGUAAAAGAACAAGAGCUCGAAAUGUUCCCAGAUUCUAAACCUUUACAACCAAAGACCUUCAAGCGUCCUAAUAAUAACAACAAUUCGGAUGUUUCACCUUCUUUCAAGAAGAGCAAGUUCCAGAAAAAAUAA